CAACAACGUUGAGCAGUCAGCAUACAUCAUGGCGCACGAAAUGGGUCACAAUCUCGGCAUGACACACGAUGAUGGACGAACCUGCUCAUCUUGCGCCCACUCCGGAGGCUGCGUCAUGAGCUCUGUUCUACAAUCGUCCCCCCUAGCCUGGACCCAGUGCAGUGUUGAUGACAUUAACGCUAACAAUUGGAAUUGUCUUAACGACGCCCCGACAGCGUCCUACGAGAAGAGCUGCGGUAAUGGGAUUAAAGAAGAGGGAGAGGAAUGCGACUGCGGUACAGCAGCGGAAUGUCCCACUGCUGACCCAUGUUGUGAGACAACAGGGUGCAAGUUAAAAAGUACCUCUCAGUGCGGAGACGGCCCCUGUUGUUCUAACUGUCAGUUUAAAGCCAAAGGGACGUCAUGUCGGGCUGUGGCAACAGAAUGUGAUAUAGCAGAGUCCUGCAAUGGAGUCUCCAAUCUGUGUCCUGAGGAUAACUACCUGGCUGACGGCACUGACUGUAACUCAACUACCGGUUAUUGUUAUGCGGGACAGUGCCGGACACACGAAUCACAGUGCCAGUAUCUGUUUGGUUCCACUGCGGUGAAGGCUCAAGACGCCUGUUGGGAUCUUGUCAACACGGGAGGCGACCAGUACGGUAAUUGUGGGAAACUUUCCAACGGGACCUACACCGUGUGUGCGACUGCUGAUAUCUUAUGUGGUAAGCUCCAGUGCACCAUACCUGGGUCAAGCGGAGCAGUUCUCCCCGUUAUUGGGAAUAGUAAAACCGGUACCAGUGUCACCACCACGUUUUCCAACGGAACAACUAUCUCUUGCAAUGGCGGAGACGCAGAUUUUGGGGAUGAUGCCCCCAGCCCAGGUCUUACUGCUGAUGGAACCAAGUGCGGAACCCAGAAGAUGUGUUUAAGUAACAGGUGCCGUUCAUUCUCUGAGAUCUCUGUGGGGGUCAGUUGUGGUCAGGUGAAUGGACAGACCUGUGCCGGACGCGGGUAUUGUAACCAAGACAACCAGUGCGUGUGUAGAGACAAUUACGACCCGGGCUCCAACUGUGAAAAUACCGUCAACGAAAAUGCUCUGCUGACGUGUUACAAGUGUUCAGACGCAGACGCGUGUGGAGGAACUCCGAACUCGGCCAACAGUACAACAGAAUUGUGUACAUCUAACGAGCAGAUUUGCCAGGUGGUCCGGCUGGCUAGGACUGGGCAGACGACACAUUACACUAGAGGGUGUGUUUACAAGACUUCUUGUACUGAAGAGUGCCAGACGACUUCCGGUGAUACGAAAUGCGUGGAUUGCUGCCAGACAAGCCGCUGUAACACGGGUAACGGGGAACCGACCACUGAGAGCUCAGGAAUUAAGACCACGAUUUCAGCGGCCUACACCUUCACCCUGUCUCUAUUGGUUUUGUUAUUCUGAAGUGACAACUGCUGGUAUAAGUAAUGAUCCUGCCCCUUGUCUCUCUAUUGUAAGGCCGCAUCGAGAACAGUGGACUAACUAGUCCGAGGGUCAAAUAUGGCCGACCAACUUGAAUACUUUCCCAACUGGGAAUCUUUUCUAUAUUAGCGGAAUAGACGGUAGCCUAAACCUUUUAGUGGGUCGCCAUAUUUGACCCGCGGACUAGUCAGUCCACUGUUCUGAAAGCAGCCUCGGUGGUUUAUGUAAGGCCUCUAGUGUUGGUGAGGUCAAACGUUUCCUCAAAGCCGAAAUUUUUCUCCGAUCACACACUUUUCUGUUUGAUUUAUUUAAAUAACAGGUGACAUACGUCUCAUAACUUGUCAAUAUGCGACAUUUCAUUUACGUGGUCCAGUGUCGUUAAGAACAUAUUUCUGAAAAUUUUAGAAAAAAAAAAUGCCGAUAAACACAGAGACUUGAAAAAGUUGCAGUAGAAGAUGCAUAAACAGUACCACUUCAAUGCAAGUUGCAGCUCUAUUUUUUUUAAAUGUCAGCUAUCGAGAUUUAUGUGUAAUCCGAUGUAUGCACCACAAUACCGCGGGCUCAGCUGUGAUAUUUUUUUUAUAAAAAGUACCUUGUGGAUUGAAUUGCUAUUAUAUUACAUUGUACAUAAUAUCAUCUUUCAGUCUCUAAAUGAUGUCAUCGAUGACAUUUACUGUACUGUUUCUUAUGACCUUAGUCAUCGAUAUUAGCUGUCUGUGAUACGAAAGUAGUGAUAUAGGCCUAUACACCCUUUGAACAGAAUCAUAGUGAUCAGUCAUGUAUCAGUAAUAAGCAGUGACAGACCCAAGGACGCACAAUGGCCCUCUGCCACCCCCACCCCCAAUUUUCGAGGUUCUACUAAUUCUCAUUCCAAGAAACAUUGUACAUUUGCCUAGCAAACGGAGGCAAUUUUUUAUCCGUGACCGAAUAACCCCCCC